CGACGGACGUUCCAGACACAUCCGUUAGGCCCUCAACUUCAGGCCCUCUACCGGUCGCGUCAGUGUGCCAAACGUAUGCACCAUCGCGAGGGACUGAUGGCGCGCCUGUUGGAAAUGGCCAAUGCCCAGAAGAUGGUCGAGGUCGCUGAGGACGUAUUCUUUGCUGAGGACUAUCUGAGACUGGUCGACGCUGGGACUUUUCUGGAAGAUGACCUGGUUUUGAUGCUCUCUCUUGACGGCGCGCAGCUCUAUGAAUCCAAACAGUCUGACUGCUGGAUAUACAUCUGGGUUCUCUUCGAUUUGGCGCCCGACGUUCGGUACAAGAAGCGGUACGUGCUUCCG